GUGGAGAUGAGCUGAUCAGCACGGGUCUCUCGUCUCCCUCUCGAGGUUUCCGAGUGCGGUUGGUCGAUGAUGGAAGAGCAAGCAAGAGCUCGCCGAAAGCUUUGGAACUGCUCUGGCCCACGGCUUCAUCAGCUGCAAAGCCCAUCCAUCAUCAGCUAGUCUUCUCGGAUCAUGAGCUUGCAGGCUGAUGACUGCUAAUCGAAGUUCUGAGGAUUCCUAUCCUCUUUCCGAAGUUUCCAUGACUUCAAUUUGAGCUGUGUGAAGUGCGCCGCCAAGAAGUUAAAGAGGAGCAACAGAUGUCGUGGUCGAGAGGUAGAUUUUCAUUUUCAAGCCGCAAUGUACCUGAGAGAGGGAGGGCUCUGAUGGGCAAUCGUACCCAUUGUCACGGUGAGUUCUUGGGUAUGGUGCAGAUGGGGAGAAAUGUGUGGCGUGCGGUGAUGUGUUCGAAGUGAACCUGAAGGACUUUUCGGAGCCGGAGUCUCUGAGUGGGCUGACGUGAGAAGCAGCCUCCUCGAGCUUUUGAGCGGAAGCUGCAUUGCGAGCGAUAUGACGGGAGCUGGAGAUAUGGAGGGCAACAGUAGUGAGGUCUCAAGCCCGGCAGAUGUGCAUUCCAACCACCACUUAGAUGCCUUGAAGCACAGCCGAGGACUACUCAGCUUCCGAAGUAGGAAAAUGCUGGGACUAUUGGCGAAAAGGGGUGUCGCAGGUCCAACCGAGACGAAGGUGUCGGCUCCAACAUCAGCCAGGGACGUGAAGCUGGAAGUCAUUGCCAAUCGUCCUGAGCAGCUCUCCGUGAACCUCACGAAAGAGCAGCCGAAGAAGAACAUUCUCGAGGUCAAAAGGACGGUGAGAACGGUAGUAGCUCGGAAUGGUGGUUCAUAUCCCAACGGACGCGUGACGGACAGAGAGAGUAGGAAGCCUCUGAAGGAUGACGGUGGGAGUAAGGAUGAACCAGCUGUCGUGCAAACACCACCUCCGAAGAAGAAACCUUCGUUACCUGCAAAGCUCAAGCUGCUGGAAACAUUUUAUGAAGGGCUCGAAGCAGCGAUCAGCCUUUUGGGGAUUCGCCGUCAAAUGUGCACCUUCAAGAGCAUUUGCAAGACGGUAGAGCAGAUGAGUAAGAGGCGCUUCUUACGGUCUCACUUGGCACAGUUGAAGUUUCUCUUUCCGGAGGUUAUCGAAAUCGACUAUGUCAGAGUCCCCGACCUGGAUUCACGUCGAGACGUCUGGGAUUUGAGAAUCAGUUUGAAGAGUUUCGUGGGCCUUCCCGGGGGAAGUCCUUUGAAAGGUGCUGCAAGCCCCUCUCGUGACAAAAAUGCUCAAACCAUCAGGAGGAAAAGAGAGUUUCACGCUCGCCUCCUCAAGUUCAGCAGGUCAACUAACGAGAACGUCGAUGUGCCUCAAGAUCCUCUUCCGCAAAGACCGCUGGGUGGGCCGUCUAUGCCUUCUCCCGUCUCCUCAGGGCUGCCGGAUUUGGGUGAUGCAUGCGAUACCAACUCUCCGCUGAAACAGCCCGUAGAAGAAAGCUCGGAAUCUCCUUUCACUGUGAACGAGGAGGCCCGUCACAAGGUCCCAGAAGCUCGAGAUGGCCCAGAAGCUGAACCGGCCCCGGCCUCCAUCGCAGAAGUGUACGAGUUCUCCAUAGUGCAGCCUCACUGCGGCAGCUUCGUCGACAUUGACGUUAGCUCUCAUUUUCCGCCAUCCUUCAAGAGUCACUUCCAAGAAAGACACAAGGAGCUCUCUGCUAUCGAGAGACCGGAUCCUGCUGAUUUCCUCGACAUUGGCUUGACUUCUCAUUUUGCGCCGUCCUUCAAACCCCUGUUCCAAGAACGGCAGAAGGAGUUGUCAACAGAAUCCAGGUGUCACUCGGGUUCAGUUCUUAGUGAGGCGCAUCUGCAGACUUCAGCAAUAUCUUCAAGAAUUACAGCGCGCUUCUCUACUUCAUUCGAACACCAUAUCUCAGAGCCUUGGAAGGAAGGCAUCCCGGAGGAUGACAUUUCAGAGUCGCUGCAAUCUUCUGACGGUGGGGACGAGUCUUGCAGGCCUUCUCCCCUUGAUAAUGAGGAAGCCUCUUCGAGUCUCUUACCUUCGGAUUUGAACUCAGAUUCAUGUUCUCAUCGGGCCCCGAGUGUUUUGGAAGCUGAAGAGGCAUCUGCAUCCGGAGAGCAGGAAGGUGGUGAAUCACAGGGAGUCUCAACCAUUCACUCGGCUCAACGGUCUCCUCUUCGGGACAGCUCAGUAUACAAAGCGUCGGAGGCAUCUUCAGCAGAACGCAGAUCUUCAAUGUCUCCUGCCAUCAUGAGUCCACUCCCAGGGAUGCGGGCUGAGAUUCCACACAAUCGCGCUCACACCCCCCAAUUUGUUUCCACCUCACUUUCGACGCCGUGUUCCAGCGUUCCUAGUACUCCCCACACCAGUGGUGCAAACGUCCAAUCUUCGCCUGCCACAGAGCACACUCCGGCAUCUGUUAGUCCGAGCCGAUUCUCUUAUUAUGUCCAGGAAUCCCCUGUCCCUAUUCACGUCAAGAAUUCAGAAUUGCUUUCUACCGACGCUGUUCCUGUGAAGAGUCAAGGCAUCAUGAGGUCGCUGAAAUUUGGAUCCCCUACCAGACCUGUUCGAACCCAUAUUGCUGCUGCAGAGGAAUUUGCCCCCAACACUCCACAGGUUGGUACAGCUCCUGAGUCUACGCCGAAGGGUGAGAGUAAGUACGCUCCAUAUCAGUCAUCUUCUCACACCCCUACGAUGAGUACUCCUGAAACUUCGCUGGGGAAGUCAACCUAUUUCUCUCCUGUAAGGCCGCAGAGAUCACGGGCUCUUCUGUUCAGCACACCGGAGAAAGUCCGUAGCACCGAAGUACCUGUUGCCAAGUUGGGCACUCCCAGUACCUCUCAGCGUUUCAAGUCUCCUCAAACUGGUGGUUCCAUGGAACCUCCGCGGUUUAUGUCCCCUCCCAAGUCUCAAACUCUGAGUGCUCCGGCCACUCCAGUUCCCCAAACUCCUGUGAGAAGUAUUCUCUACUCACCCCCCAAGCGGACCAGAUUCAACAGAGGAUCAUUGUUCUCCACUGACACUCGUGAAGAGGAUGGGGCUAAGACUCCUGGACCAAGUGUUGACGAGGCGAAGGCUACUAUAGACGCUGCUUGUGAUGCUACACCAGACCUGGAGUUAAGCACAGAUCCUCGUUCUCGGGAGGAGAGCUUUAAUGUACUAAAAGAUCCACCAUCUAUCACGUCCAAAGAAUUGACUUAUGUUUCAGCAGCAGACCUUGCGAUUAUCGACAGUCUUCCUCCAGAGCUCGUUCUUUCCGUGCGAGAGAAGGAGAGAAAGAUCAACGAUGAAAAUACGAAGGAGCUGAUGGCACAAAGGAGGAGGCAGCAGAUGAUGGCUGGCUUACCGAAGAUGUUUAAUCAGCUUCGCUUAAUUUUCCAGUCACUCAAGCGCUCGGUUCUGCCUCGCAACGAGCUCAUAAGAAAUGUGCUGUCCACGAAUGCCGAUAUAACCGACAGAGGCGAGGUGGAGGAGCGUCUGAAGUUGCUCGUUGAGCUUGCACCGGACUGGAUCUCUAAACACCCAUCUGCUAACGGUGACUAUAUAUACAGAAUAAACAAGACUGCCAACGUUACAAGAAUCCAAAAGAAGAUUCUUGGAGAUUGUUAGAUAAGCUUCAAUAUACUCUAGUCGUACAACUGUGAUGAAGACGAGAGAAGAGGUGGAAGGUUUGGAAGGUUUCUCGAGAAAGCGACAGUUGAGCGCCGAGGACCUUGGAAGAUUCUUCCUAGUUGUAAAAUGGAGGCGUCGCAACUUGGCCUCGCUUGAGAUGUAGAAAGGAAAUGAGGGCAAAGGUUACUAUGCCCUACGAGUAUAGCUAUGUAUAUUAAUACCAAAGAAGUAACAGAACUAGAUAAAUUUCUCUAGACUUGUCGAAAGUUUUCAAAUUAUUAGAUUAUGUUUAUUAGAUUUGUUUCGAUUUGAAAAUUUCUACACAAGGAAAUGAUGAAAAGGCCACCUGGACGUGAAAGAAAUGGUCAACAAACUGGAGAUACGAGUGUACAACAACAUCCCUUUUAGAUUAAAUCAACUUCAUUUUUUGCAAACGACAAUAAAAUCCGAAAUAUUGCAACUUGC